AUGAGUGACAUAUUCCGAGACACUUUGCCGCUUCUCCCUGAGAUUUGGGAACCGAUAUGUUCUCACUUAUCGGCACAGGACGGCCUACUCUGCUUAAGGCUCACGUCAUCCCAGCUGAACCUUAUAGCAUUGCCGUACGCCUUCAAGUCUCUCCACCUCAAGGCUUAUGGCACAUCGGCGGAGCGAUUCACCACUAUCGCCAAGUCAACCAAACUUCGCGGCUUUGUUCGAGAACUCACAAUCAACACCUCGAUUGGCCCUGGGUUCGAAUACCACGCCAACGGGACCUACGAUAUCCCUAGUCCCUUCCUGAACGCGCUUCCGUACUUGCGCUGCUUCAGUAAAAUUACUGCACUGCAUCUGCGGUUCAAUGAGUUCUGUGGCGAUAGCAUUCGGGGACGCUCCUCAGUGAAAAUUGAGGAAUCUUGGGAUUUCCGAUACAGCGUGCUUGACACCAUUUUCCAUUGCAUUACGGGCAUUUGGACGCAGCGAAAGCAAAUCGAGAUCGACCAGCUGGUGGAUCUCGAUGGAUACGAGCCCGAGUACCCCAACGAUGAUCUAGGUAUCCCUUCAGACCAGGUCCUACAAAUCAAGCAACUCACAAUUUCCAAUCUGGCCGACUACCAUGAUUCUUAUUUCUAUUCAUCUGAAGCCUGGAAGAAGUUUUUGUGUCUAUCCAGCCUUGUGGAUCUCAAACUCGUCCUCGCUACCGAGAUUGAUUCCGCUGAGCCAGAACGAUCUGUUUUCUUUGAGGAAAAAUACGAAAUGUUCGACAACCUGCCACAAACGUGGUUAUCCCCAAGCCUUGGUGAGAAUCUGCGAUCUUUGUCGCUUUACUACCAGGGCUAUUGGGGUUGGUUUCCCAUGAUGGACUUCCGAAAGACCGGAGGCGACUCGCCGUUUCCACGGCUCAAAGUCCUGGCGCUUGGCAAGUAUGUCUUCAGUGAAGGAUGGGAGAUUGAUUGGUUCGCAUCUGUCGGCAAGAACAACGGUAGCCACGGACUGGAAGAGCUUUAUCUCGAUGACUGUCCCAUUCUGUUCCAGUCUCGUGAUCUGGGUAUGAACCGUACGGCAUUGGGCGCAAACCCUCACCAAGCUAGUACACGCGACCUCAUAGCCGCACACUCGAGUCCUGUCGUGUACAAGCACACGAUGAGAUGGCACCAUGUGCUCUCCAGAUGGGCAAAUUCUAUGAGAGGGCUCAGAAUAUUUAGGAUGGGCCUAGCUACCUUCGAUGCAGCUCAAAGGAAAGAGGCGUUUGCGCAUCUCGACGAAGAUGGGUUGGACCAGCGCAUUUUUCACAAUAUUCGCAGAAACCUCGCGUUUCCUUCGCCUGUGGACGAUAUGAAGGGCCAUGGGCUAUAUCUAGCGGGUCAAUGCCUGCAUGGUACAAAGAUUUCACAAUGGCGUUCAGCGCGGAUGCAGUACGUCAAGUUUGACGUGGGAAAAGGGCCUUCUCCAUACCUCGGGGCUUGCGACAAUCCCAGCUUGUCUGCUGACGGAUGUGCGCCGGAGGAGGGCACAGUUGCUAGAGAUGACGCUGCUUACGAGCGGCUCAUAGUUGCGACUAGGGUUCGGGCCCUCAGAUCAGAGGCAAGAGGUUUGUCAAUGGCAACACACUCACCAGAUAAGUCUUCACCAUUCAACUUCAAGAGCGGCCGGUGA